UUGUAAAGGCAGGCACAGGCCACAAUACAAAGGACCUCAACGCGGAGCGGUUUUCAAAUUUUCAUAACAAGGCUAGAUGGGUGUUGAUGUUGUCGAAAUUUCCCUCGCCAAAGGCGCGAUGGAUGGAGAAGAAAAAACCCACAACUUGAAUCUUACCAAAAUGACAGAGGCACCUGAAGUGCCCAGACCUCCAUCGGUUCACGACUUCUUGGUUUUAAAGCCGAUCAGCCGCGGUGCCUUUGGAAAAGUGUACCUAGCACGGAAGAAAAGCAACUCUAAACUGUACGCAAUCAAGGUGGUGAAGAAAGCUGAUAUGGUGAAUAAGAACAUGAUAGACCAAGUAAAGGCAGAGAGAGAUGCACUGGCUCUGAGCAAAAGCCCCUUCAUUGUGCACUUGUACUAUUCCCUGCAGACUGCCAGUAAUAUAUAUCUGGUGAUGGAGUACCUCAUUGGGGGGGAUGUCAAGUCCCUUCUUCAUGUGUAUGGCUACUUUGAUGAGGGCAUGUCGGUAAAGUACAUUUCAGAAGUCGCUCUUGCCUUGGACUAUCUUCACAGACAUGGGAUCAUCCACAGAGACCUGAAGCCAGAUAACAUGCUUGUGUCCAAUGAAGGUCAUAUCAAGCUGACUGACUUUGGCCUUUCCAAGGUUAACCUCAAUCGAGAAUUAAACAUGAUGGAUAUCCUGAUGACACCUUCCAUAGAGAAGCAGAAACAGGAUUAUUUCCGUACUCCUGGUCAAGUUUUGUCUCUGAUAAGCUCCCUUGGUCUUAAAACGCCAAUGGAAGGCAAACAGCCGAAUUCAGCCUCGGCAUUUGCCAGCCCCAUGUCCUGUGAGAAAGUGCAGCGUUUCCGAGGGACUCUGUACUCGCCUUUGAUGACCAGAAGGAGAGAACUGCUGCUUAACUCUCCCGUUUGCAGCAGCAGCGCUACCCGUGCUUCCUGCCUUGAGAGUAUGGCAGCUAGCCCUGGCGUUCCAGUGAGGUGUCUGACUCCCAGGUUGUUGAAGUCGAGGAACAGGAUUGAGACCUCCAGUGCCAGCAACCAGUCUUAUAUUUUCCCCUCCAGCACAGAGUCUGACAACUGUGUCAGCCCUCAGUGGGAGACUGAACGGCAGGAACUGGAAGGAAAAGAGAAUUUUCGUUAUCCAAAGGAAAUCAGUGGGAUCAACAAAACAGCACCAGUCAAUUCUGCAAAGCUACAGGAUGGACUUCCAAUGAAUAAUUUCAGGAAACCAGGGCGGGAUUCUGUUCUAGCUCCGAUGGACAACUGGGAAAAUCAAAGAUCUCAAAGAGGAAGCAGAGAAACCGUUCCAAAAGAGUUAUCCAGGAAGUAUCUUUAUGAAAGCGAGUUUACUGAAAGAAAGAAGUUGCAGUUCAAUGAAAAGGAUUCUUCCGCACCUGGUCCACAGAAUCCCGAAUCUCAUGCCAAAACGCCAACUAAAGAUGUUUCAGAAGUUACCGGGCUAUUUUGUGUGCCAGCAUCGGUGAGCAGCAAGGAAGAAGAAAGCCUUAGAGAGACGACAGCUGUGCCUACUGGAGCUGUAAAAAGAUGUUUUGAGCAAGUGGACAGAAGUCCUCCUGAUCACGCAGUUCAGGCCAAGAAGACCACUGCUGAAUAUAAGCGAGGUUUUCCAAUAUCCAAAAGCGAGACUAAGUUCAGCACAGGCUUAACAACGGCGUUUGCUCUUGUAAUGCUUGAAGAGAUCCGAAGUGGUCAAGAUGCACCUGCAACUUCUAAAGAGGAGCCAUCAGAGAGAACUAGUCCUGUUCCCAUCGCUAAAAACCUGCUGUGUGAGCUCGAUGAACAGUGCGGCAAGCAUAACAUCCUGGAUGCUAUGAACUCUAGUGUUUCCUCUGUGGAGGAGGAUGACCGAGAGCUAAGGAGAAGUCUAAGCCUGGGUUCAGAUUGCUCAGUUCCUGAUACGUCUGUCACUGACAAAGAGAAUGCCAAACUAGACAGCAGCACGAAAGAUCUGCCAUUUGGCAACGAUCACAGGAAAGAGGACCCCCUAUUAAACCAGCAGGAGCAUUUAUCAGGCACCAACAGACUGAAGCCUCUUAGUUCAACAGACCAGUCGAUCCAGGGCAAAGAAACGGAGCUCUUUAUUGAUUCCCAUCCUUUGCAAUCAUGCGGGACAAAACCAGCUCCUCUCCUUAAGCCUAAGAAUAUCGUGGCUUUCAGAAGUUACUGCAGCUCGAUCAACAGGUCAAACGUGACGGAGAGCUCGCGAAUGAGCCUGGGUUCCAUGGAUGCGAUGGAGACCUCGUCGGCCUCCCUCCGAAAUUAUUCCCCAGCUGUAACGCCUGUGCAGAAGAGCAGAAGAUCCAGCACUUUCAGUGCAUAUCAGACUCCCCAGCAGACCCCCCCUCAGACGCCAUUCAGGACCCCCAAGAGUGUGCGCAGGGGGCCUGCUCCCGCGGCCGGGGAGCCCCUGCUCGGGACUCCAGACUAUCUGGCUCCAGAAUUGCUUUUAGGAAAGCUUCAUGAUUACAUGGUAGACUGGUGGGCUCUGGGCGUGUGUCUCUUUGAGUUCCUGACCGGUGUGCCUCCAUUUAAUGACGAAACGCCACAGCAAGUGUUUCAGAACAUACUUAAUAGAGAUAUUCCUUGGCCAGAAGAUGAGGAAGAACUGUCACCGAAUUCAAGAAAUGCCAUUGAGAUCCUUCUGACCAUGGAUAUGACCAAAAGAGCAGGGCUGAAAGAAUUGAAACAACAUCCACUUUUUGAGGGUUUGGUCUGGGACAAUCUACAGAAUCAACCCAUGCCUUUCAUUCCGCAGCCAGAAGAUGAAACAGACACUGCCUACUUUGAAGCUCGAAAUACUGCCCAGCAUAUUACGGUUUCUGGCUUUGGAUUUUAGAAUUAUUAAAAAGACGUUUUUAUUGCAGCCUCUUUCAAGGUCAGAAACAUUAAAGUGCUUAGAAGCUGCUUUUUAAAAUUAUGUAUUCAAAAUGGGAAAGUGCAAUUAUUUACAAUCUUAGAAUUGUUGGUGUCUAACCUACUAAUCACUGCAGUAUUAAUUAGAAUAUCAUGAUAAUCUUUGGGGAGUCACAUCAGGAUUUACUUAUUAAACUUAACCUUAAAUGACACUAAACAAAACUAUUUUAAUCUGUGUGAUAGUGCGCAGAGCAAGAGUCUUAAAAUCAUUUAAUAUAUUUUUUUAACAUUUCCCCCCUUAAACUUUUGUAGUUUCUUUAUAAACAGACUGAAGCUGUUGUAGCUUCAUUGUUAUGUAAUGAAGACAAAAACUGUCACAUAUCCCAAUAAUAUUGUUAAUCGGGUGGCAGAAUGAGCACUACUGAUUUCUAACCUGAUCACUCUAAAGUACUCAGGGUGACUUAAAACUGCAAUCUGUGAUUCAAAACUGCAAAAAGUAGGUACCCGUGCACCACAAGAGGUCAGAAACAAACAUUUUUUGUAAGUAUUUAAGGUAAACAUAGGACACACGGCAGGAAAACAAUUCACAACUUCUGCUGGGCCUUAAAAACUUUAGAAAUGGCUUUGUGAGAGCCACUGAAAAGUUAUAGGAGAUCUUGGCAAAAACCACACUACUCUGUUAUCCCUUCCUAUCAGUUUCACAGCCGGGAGACUGUCCUCACUGCCCAAAGGGGAGACUUCCUUAAGGUCAGUGCUGAGAAAGGAGCAGUGCUAUCUAGCUGUCACAUCCUCUGAAGACUGAACAGAACUCACUUUAGGAACACUCCCAUUCAGAAGUGUUUUUAUUUAAGAUUUCUUUACCUGUGUUCUUAGAUGUACUUUUACAUAACUUUGUUUUCAGCAAUUUGGGUAUAAAUGUUGUCAGACUAUGUAUUUGUUUGUGUUUGCUGUAAUAUUGAAAGUUGUAAAAUUUCCACAUUACUCGGGUUUGUUUUACUUCGUCUUGUUUGCACUGUUAUGCAUGUAUGGAAUUAAUGUAAUUUGUGUGGUAAUGGUGGAAGAGACUGUUAUAGUAAUGAUGGAAGAUACUAUUUUAUGAAGAUUGACAUUAAUCUGAGUGGGAUCUGUAAGAGUGAUUGAAUUAUGGCUUUGGGAUUGUAAGUAACCUUUCAUGAAAGUCUAUGAAAAGUGCAGAGUCAAAAUGUUUAAUAUAUUAAAGCCUGCUUUCUUUUUGUA